UUUUUUGACUUUUUCUCUGUCUUUCUCUUUGUUUACGUUUUAAUAAAAAAAAUAACAAGACAAAGGCAAUCACUUCUCGACUUUUGACAGCUCUGACGUAUUUUUUUUUUUUUACUUCGCUUGAAUAAACAAAGAACGUGGUAGAAAAACGUUGUUACGACAAUCAUUAAUACUGUAAUCAUAUUUUCAUGCAAUACAUAUUUUUGAGCACAAUAAAUCGUCACUUGCUUCUGCUUGCUUCUCAAUAUGACAUAAUAUAAUUGUGAUAAUAUAUAAAAUAAAGUUGUGAGUUAAAUUGUUAAUUUAAAUAUUAAUUAGAAAAUUAUAAUUAUAUAUAUUUAAAAAAAUCAUGUGGAAACCAUUUGAGCCUGGAAGUUCUCCAAUUGAUUGGUGUGAAGGAAAUUAUAUUAUUUCUACAAGUAUUGCUGAAUUUACAAAUACAUUAAGCAAUAUAUUGUUUUUGUUAUUGCCACCAGUUUUAAUACAUUUAUUCAGAGAUUAUGGAAGAUUUGUUAAUCCAGCAAUACAUGUCAUUUGGAUAAUGCUGAUGUUUGUUGGCAUCAGUAGUGCAUAUUUUCAUGCAACAUUGUCAUUAAUAGGUCAAUUGCUGGAUGAAUUAGCUAUUCUUUGGGUUUAUAUGGCUGGUUUAUGUGUUUUUUUUCCACGUAGAUAUUUUCCAAGUAUAUUUCGUAAUGACAGAAAAAUAUUUUCCAUAUUUGUAAUACUUCCAACAAUUAUUGCUACUGGUUUGGCAUUGAUUCAUCCAGCAAUCAAUGCAUUUGCUUUAAUGAGUCUUGGUUUACCUGCAUUUGGUAUCAUGAUUGUCGAGUUAAAAAGGACUAAAUCAUCAAGGGUCUAUCGACUUGGCCUACGUUGUGGGGCAGUUUGGCUAAUUGCAGUUACUUGUUGGCUCAAUGAUCGUCUAUUUUGUGACACAUGGAUGAAUUUAAAUUUUCCAUAUUUACAUGCAUUUUGGCAUUUAUUUAUAUUUAUUGCUAGCUAUACUGCUGCUGUAUUGUUUGCAUAUUUUUCAGUUAAAGAAGAAAAACCACAACAAACAGCAAUACUUAAGUAUUGGCCAAGAAAUGAUUUCGAAUUGGGUAUACCAUAUGUUACUAUUGAAUGUUACGUACGAUUUGAUAGAAAUUCAAAUAUUUAUGCCUAAAUUAUUAUUUAAAAAUAUUAAUCAAAUAGUAUUUUAAAAUUAUAUUUAUAUGAAUUUUUAAUUAUUAUUAUUUAUAUUAUCUCAAAAAAUAUAUUCAAAUGUUAAUUUUUUAAUAUUAAUUUUAUUGUAUGAUUUUUUAAAUGUUAGGAAAUGUGACGAUAUGCAAGUUUGGGAAUGUUAUUGUAUGAAAAUGCAUUUUGAAGAGUCUGUGAUAUUUUUUUUUUAAUUUUUUUGAUAAUACUAAAAAUUGGGUUUAUGUUUGAGAAUAAAUUUAUAAAAAAAAAAAACUAAAAGUCUAUUUUUUAUAUUGAAAAAAUGUUCGUCACAUUUCUUGUAUUAUAAUGAUUAUUAUUAAAGAGAGAAAAGAGAGAGAGAGAGAAGAGUACAGCGCCGUCUAUCGAUUCAUAAACAAUCACCAGUUGAUGGAAAAAAAAAAUAAUAAAAAUUAAUAAAAUAUAUAAAUUGAAUAACCGUCAUCACCGAUUAUCCGGUGCUAAAAAUAAAAAUAAAUGAUAACAAGAUUGAUUAUUUUAAUUGGUCAAUGUGUAUUUAGUAUCAACAAUAAAAAAUUAGAAAAAAAAUAAAUAUGUCUUUGG